CUACAUGUUCAUAACCACACCCAAUUCCAAUACAAUUAUUUACAAACACUUACAAUUAAUUCCAUUUUGCAAUAAUGGCUUUAAGUUCUAUUAAAGGCUUUGUUUGGUUGCUAUUGAUAACAUGUAUGAUUGGGAUAAGUUCAGCUCAAUUAUCCAAUGAAAUGUUCUAUGCCAAAACGUGUCCAAAAGCACUUCGUACAAUUAGGAAAACAGUGCAAGAUGUUGUCAAGAAUGAGAAACGAAUGGGAGCAUCCUUGCUCCGUCUCUUUUUCCAUGAUUGCUUUGUUCAAGGAUGUGAUGCAUCAGUAUUGUUAGACGACACCUCAAAUUUUACAGGUGAAAAGAAUUCAUUCCCAAAUGCAAACUCUCUAAGGGGUUUUGAGGUAAUUGAUGACAUCAAAUCUCAAUUGGAGACUAUGUGUCCCGAAGUUGUAUCUUGUGCUGAUAUCUUAGCCCUUGCUGCCAGGGACGCUGUUGCUGAGCUUGGUGGACAAAGAUGGAGUGUACCAUUAGGCAGAAGAGACUCGUUAACAGCAAGCUUAGAACUAGCAAAUUCUGACUUACCUGCUCCCUUUUUGGAUCUUGAUGGCCUUAUCGCUGGAUUUCAAAAGAAAAAUUUCACAGCCGAAGAAAUGGUUACAUUAUCAGGUGCUCACACAAUAGGGCAAGUGAGGUGCUUCUUUUUCAGAGCAAGAGUAUACAAUGAAACAAACAUAGACCCAACAUUUGCUGCAGAAAUGCAAGCAGCUUGUCCUUUUGAAGGGGGUGAUAGCAAUUUAUCACCUUUCGAUUCCUCCACACCAAAUAAUUUUGACAAUGCUUUCUAUUCCAACUUAGUGAAAAAUAAAGGUCUAGUACAUUCUGAUCAACAACUAUUUGGUAAUGGAUCAUCAACAAAUGCUCAAGUAAGAUCAUAUAGUAGAAACAUGGGACGUUUCAAAAAAGAUUUUGCAGAUGCAAUGUUUAAGAUGACAUUGCUUACUCCACUUACUGGAACUGAUGGUGAGAUUAGGCAAAACUGCAGGGUUAUCAAUGCUCCAUCAAACACUACCACCACUGCUUAAUUAAUUAAUUAAUUAAUUAAUCACCAUACUAAUUUGGUGUAUGUAUUCUUUAAAUAUUAAUUAAUAAAUCAAAGCCUUGAUUUGUAAUUGUAUACUCAAAUUUCGUUAAUUUUCUCCAAAGUAACUUGUUAAAAAAUAUGAUUUGUAAUAAUGAACGUAUACUACUAUACAACUUGUUGGAGUAUAUAUUA